AUGUCACCGCCAAAAAACGCCAAACGAAAUACCACGAGAGUUCGUCAAAGCAUAUUGGCAGCACAGCCAACGGUUUGUGGAGAUAACAUGUCUGAUUUGGUUUUUAAUAUGUUGGCCAGAGCUGUAUUGCAGUUGUACGCUGCUAAACACAAUUGCAAGGUUAAAAGAAAAAGACGAAAAGCCGUCAAAGUAAAAACAAUGAACAAUAAUUUUGAGUCCUACGUUCAAAACGCCGUAACAGAUGGUUUCCGUUUAGAAAAAAACGAGUCCAAUUCGCCAAAUAAAGCUGAAAGCAUCAUUUUUGACAACAACGAGCUGCUGUCAAUGUGGCAGGAGCUAUCAGAUUUGACGUUAAAAAAGGCGGGAAUUUUGAUCAAAAUGCAAAACGCCAUGCAGCCAGUGCUCGAGAAUUUUGUACUCUACGAUAGAAUUGUUUAUUUGAAAGAAAAGGGUGUGGUCAAAUGUAAAUUUAAGAAAAUAUUUGAUGAAAAGCUUUCACCUCGAUGCUUAGCAUUGAUAGCUUAUAAAUCAUAA